GUUUGUUUUUUGUUCAAACAACCCAAAUCGGACAAAACUUGAAGCGAUCCUCAACGUCGCUGUCGCCAAAUACUCACAUCUCAUUGGUUCAACUCUUGUCCCUUCAAAUUUAGUUCGUCGGCCUUGAACGAGUACCACCCACCUCUUAUACCGACAUAACACAGAUAGUGCAACGGCAACAACCACCCAAAAACCCAUCACCCAACCGCCAUCAUGCUCCCAACCCCCGACACCUCCCAUGUGCCUUACCAGCGCGUCUACGAACCAGCCGAGGACUCCUUCCUCCUGCUCGACACGCUCUCGUCCCCCUCCGAAACCGCCUUUCUCUCAUCCCGCUUUGCCUCCCCCAGUCCCUCCUCCCCUUCCCCAGCGCCUUUGGUUCUAGAAGUCGGCCCCGGCUCCGGCGUAGUGAUCGCCUUUCUAACCGCGCACGCCUCCACCAUCUUUGGCAGCCCGCAUGUCCUAACAACCGCCAUCGACGUGUCCCCUUUCGCCUGUGCUGCCACCAACCUUACCGUCUCCAAGGCCGUGUCCGAAAAUACUUCCACCUCCGGGUUUUGGACAUCAGCAACCCAAGGUGACCUCGUCUCCCCCUUUCGUCCCGGGUCGGUAGAUGUCCUAGUCUUCAACCCGCCCUACGUCCCCACGCCUGACUUGCCUGCGCCGCCACCGACAGGGUUGCAGGCACUGAAGGAGAAAACGACGUUUGAGGAAGACUCGCAUCUCUUGGAGUUGACGUAUGCUGGAGGGAGGGAUGGAAUGGAGACGACGGAUAGACUGAUUGAGGCCUUGCCGGGGGUGUUGAGCGAGAGGGGGGUGGCGUAUAUUUUGCUUUGUGCGCAGAAUAAGCCGGAGGAGGUCAAAGGGAGGAUCAGGGUGAUGGGUGGUGAAGGGAAGUGGAAGGCGGAGACGGUGGGGACUAGUGGGAAGCAGGCGGGUUGGGAGAAGUUGCAGAUUGUGAGGGUUUGGAGGUAAAUGGAGGGAUGGGAUGCUGAUGAUGGGUUGAGGAUGGGGAGAGAAGCUGUUGAAGAGGGUGGAAGAGGGGGAGGGACGAUGGCCAGUCACGUACAAGGCUCGA